CCCACUUAUUAAUUUUUCUCUUCUUCCCCUCCUCAGAAUCUCGUCUGGUUCUCUCGAUUGCAUUUUCUUCUUCUCCUCUUUCUGUAUACGACAUUUUAGAUACCCUAUAUAUACAAUGUCCAGCCAACCUCUUACCUGGGUCGUCACCGGCUGCUCCUCUGGCAUCGGCGAAGCCCUAGUCCGCGCCAUCCUCGCCCAGGGUGACAAAGUCAUCGCAACAGCUCGCGCCCGCAACAAUGUCAGCGGAGCCGACCGUCUCUCAGCUCUGAAAGAAGCCGGAGCCGCAGUGUUCGAGCUCGACGUGAGCCGGCCCCAGGAAGAAUUAGACGCCAAGGCACGCGAAAUCUGGGAGAUCUACGGAAAAGUCGACGUACUAGUCAACAAUGCGGGCUACAUCGACGCAGGACUUGUCGAAGAAAUUACCGAGCCCUUUUUGAUUGACGCCCUCCGCGCCAACGCCUUCGGUCCCCUCAACGUAUCCCGCGCCUUCCUGCCUCUCAUGCGCGCCCAGAAAUCUGGAACCGUGCUGUUUGCCAGCAGCCUCGGAGUCUACUUCGGUGCGCCCGGUGCAUCCUGCUACACCGGAGGCAAGGGUCUCCUGGAGGCGGUGGUACCCAAUCUGGCCCUGGAGCUGGCGGCAUUCGGGAUCCGCACUUCGCUACUCACCUACGGCUACUACCGUACGGAGGUAAUGAACCCUGGGAACUUCCACAGCCGGGCGCCUCGCCCACUGCCGGAGUAUGAGGAGCUCCGGGGUCUGGUGGAAGCUGGGUGUGCGGCUACGAACCACAACCAGCAGGGUGAUCCGGCGAAGGCGGCGAAGGUGGUGGUGGAGGCGGUCAAGGGAACGGGCAAGUUUGAGGGAAAGCAAUUGCCUUUGAGGUUGCCGAUUGGAAAGGAUGCUGUUGCUGCGAUGCGGAAGGCGUGUGAGGAGAGGUUGGCUAUUUGCGAUGAGUUUGAGGGGUUGGUGGAUCAGACGGAUAUCUAGAUGCUCAGGGAUAUAGUAUAUACCAUUCACUUUCGGGUUAUUGUCAUUGAAACACGUUCUACACAGUUCGCUCUGUUCGAUUGGAUGAAGCGUUUGUUGAUGUAUAUUUCACGUAGAUACAAGUGCAUUAACUUUAUCUCUUUCUGCAUAAUAUGAGCCUUGUUAUAUAUUGAGCGCACUUGUACGACCAAGGCAAAGGUAUUCUACUAGCAGCCGUGCGAACCUGGCAAUUUCCCUCGG